UAUGGUUUAGUUGUGCACAUAUUAGUUGUGCAGACCGGAUUAAAGGAUAUAUGAGGGUUUGUAGAUUUCCUAAGAUUUAUUUGUUGUAAUUAUCUCGAAAUUACGCAUAUUUAAAAGUGAAAAUUGAACUAUUCAAAAGAAUUUUAUUAUUGAAACGAUAAAAAAACUGUUAAAAAACUGAACGUACAUAAAGAAAAUCUUAAAAGUAGAUCAAGAUGCAGGAAUCUCAACCGAAGAAAGGCAAGAAAGCCAGAAGAAAGCGUAAUGAUAGUGACGAAGAUAUCGAAAAAGUUUUGGCCGAAUUGGAAUUGGAAUAUUCUGGCAAUAAAAAAGAAGUCAAAGAUGAACCAAUUGAACAAAAACCUGAAGAUGAGGAUAAAAAGAAAGGAAAAAAAGAUAAGAAAAAAGAGAAAAGUGAAAUUAUUGAUAUUAAAGAAGAGUUGAAAACUGGUAUACUUCUUGAAGAAAAUGAUAUUGAUGAUGAGAUGGAAGUUGGUACUGUAAAAACUGCAGCACAAAAGAAGAAAGAAAAGAAAGAAAGAGAAAAACAAAAAAAACUUGCCCAAAAGAAAGCAGAAAUGAAUAAAAAGGGAGAAAAUAAAGAAGAAAAACCUGCAGAAAAAGAAAUGAAGAAAGAAUCAGAAAUAAAGGUACCAGAAACAAAAACAGCAGAAUUGAAGGAUAUCAGCGAAGUAGAUGUUUCUGUACCUAGUGAAAAUGAAGAGAGCAAAAAGAAAAAAAAGAAAGGUGGAAAAGAAGAAACAAAAGAAAAAGGCAAAGGUCCUGGAAAGAAGACUAUAGCUGCAAUGCAAGAAGCUUUAAAGAAAUUAAAAGAAGAAGAAGAAAGAUUGAAACGAGAAGAGGAAGAAAGAUUACGACAAGAAGAAUUGCGGGAACAAGCUCGAUUAGAGCAAUUGAGACUUGAACAGGAAAGGAAAGAAAGAAAAAAGCUUAAGGAAAAGCAAAGAAAAGAAAGAUUAAAAGCAGAAGGGAAACUUUUAACAACAAAACAAAAACAAGAUAGAGCUAGAGCACAGGCUAUGAUUAAUGCACUUAAAGCUCAAGGUUUAGUAGAUUUACCAGGUGCAGGAGAAAAGAAAACUAGGCCUGGAACUCGUAUAAGACCAAACAAAGUAAAACAACAAGUGAGCGUCGAUGAAAAAGAUGAUGAAAAGAUAGAAGAAAAUGUACCAGAGACAGAUACAGUUGAAGUAGAAAUAAUAGAUCAACAAUCAAAAGAAUCUGAAGAAAAGGAAGAUGAUGUUAAAGAUUCAUGGGAUGCUGAAACUAGUGAAGAUGAACAAGAUGAAGACAAAUUAGAUGAUGUGUCAAAAACUCCUGAAAAAAUUCAGCAAACAAUUCUUUCGUUUGAAAAAGAAAAGCAAUCUCAAAUUGAAGAAACUAGAAAAGAAUCUUCAGAAAGUGAAUCAGAAAGUGAGAGUGGAAGUGAAUCAGAGACUGAGGAAAGUGAAGAUGAUAGUGGAUUAGAGGAUAAAGUAUCAGAUGCAGCAAGGAAAAAGGAGCGAGUUAGAGAACGAAUACAACUUCGAAGAAUAGAAGCAGAAAAAAAAAGAUCGUUAGAUAAUCUUAGAGCUGCCGUAGUAUGUGUUCUAGGUCAUGUAGAUACUGGAAAAACAAAAAUUCUUGACAAAUUAAGAAGAACGAAUGUACAAGAUGGUGAAGCAGGUGGUAUAACUCAGCAAAUUGGCGCCACAAAUGUACCUAUCGAUGCUAUUCGAGAGUCAACGAAACAUGUAAAAGGAUUCGACGAAAAGAAAUUCAGAAUACCUGGACUUUUGAUAAUAGAUACUCCAGGACACGAAUCUUUUAGUAAUUUAAGAAAUCGAGGAUCUUCAUUGUGUGAUAUAGCGAUAUUAGUCGUUGAUAUUAUGCAUGGUUUAGAGCCACAAACCAUCGAAAGUAUUAAUUUACUGAAGACGAAGAAAUGUCCUUUCAUUGUAGCUUUAAACAAGAUUGACAGAUUGUAUGAUUGGCAAACUAUGAAUCGAAAAGAUAUUCAAGAUAUUGUAAAAAGUCAAGCUAUUAAUACACAGCGUGAAUUUGAAAAACGUUCCAAGGAUGUUAUUGUACAAUUUGCGGAACAAGGUUUGAAUGCUGCAUUGUUUUAUGAAAAUCCGGAUCCUAGAAGCUAUGUUUCUCUUGUACCAACUAGUGCUAUCACAGGUGAAGGUAUGGGUAAUUUGCUAUCAUUAAUAGUUGAUGCCUGUCAAGGUCCAUUAGCUAAAAGACUUAUGUAUAGUGAAGAGCUUCAAGCAACGGUUUUAGAAGUGAAAGCAUUGCCAGGUCUUGGAACUACAAUAGACUGUAUUCUAGUCAAUGGAAUGUUGAAAGAAGGCGAAACAAUGAUAGUAGCGGGUACCGAUGGUCCUAUAGUAACUCAAAUUCGUUCGUUACUUAUGCCACAACCGCUUAAAGAAUUGAGAGUCAAAAAUGCGUAUAUUGAACAUCGUGAAGUAAAAGCCGCACAAGGAGUAAAAAUUGCUGCAAAAGAUUUAGAGAAAGCUAUUGCAGGAUUGAAUCUCCAAGUGGCUGAAAAACCAGAUGAAGUAGAAGUUUUGAAAGAAGAAAUUGCAAAAGAGUUGUCUAGUGCUCUCGGUAAUAUUCGGCUUGCAGAACGUGGUGUUUAUGUGCAAGCAUCAACAUUGGGUGCUCUUGAAGCAUUAUUGGACUUUCUCAAAAGCAGUAAGAUUCCGUAUGCCGGAAUUCGUAUCGGCCCCGUUGUCAAAAAAGAUGUCAUGAAGGCCUCUAUCAUGUUGGAGCAUGACAGUCAAUAUGCCACCAUCCUCGCAUUCGAUGUAAAGAUAGAGAGAGACGCCCAAGAAUUGGCCGAUUCCCUUGGAGUUAAAAUUUUCCAAGCGGAUAUUAUUUACCAUCUCUUCGACAAGUUCACCGCGUAUAGAGAGGAGCUGAAGCAACGUAAACGCGAUGAAAACAAGCAUAUUGCUGUGUUUCCCUGCAAACUUCGUAUUUUGCCGCAGUACAUCUUCAAUUCUCGAGAUCCCAUCGUGAUGGGAGUAAUGGUAGAAGCUGGGAUCGUGAAAGAAGGAACACCGCUUUGCGUACCCAGCAAAGAUUUUGUGGAUUUGGGCGUGGUCACGAGUAUAGAAUAUAAUCACAAACCUGUGGAAUCCGCGCGAAAAGGUCAGGAAGUUUGCGUGAAAAUCGAGCCGAUACCUGGAGAAGCGCCUAAAAUGUUCGGUCGUCAUUUCGAUGAAAAGGAUUUCGUCGUAAGCAAGGUAAGCUUUUUCAUGUUUUUUAAUUCAUCGAUCAAAUUUAUACAAGUGAGUCAACGUUGUUGAAUCAACGAUUUACAU